AACUUAAAAAAAUGUCGAAACCUCUACAGCCAAUCUUUUUUACUUCAAAAUAUAAAAAAAUUGUCCUGAAUGAAAUCGUCAUUCGUAUGAAAAUAAAAAAGGAAAUUGAUGAUGUAUUUUGGAAUGAAGUCUCUAAAGCAGUAACGGAAAAUUAUUUUGAAGCUACUCCAUUGCAAAUAAAAGAGUUCUUCUUUAAAGAAAUUUACCCAUCGCUUUCUGAUAAUAAUUACGGGUUAGUUGGUCCAUCUACAAUAAAAAAGAUCAAAAAAGCAUUCGUGAAUAGUUUAAGUCCAAAGAGAACAAAUUUAAGUCUCUACUGGCAAACAUUUAAUGAUGAAAAUGAUGAUAAUUUUGAGAUGAAAACAGAAAUUAAUCAAAAUGGAGCCAAUUUUAAAGAGAAUUUCAAUCAAAUUGAGGAUAAUCAUAUUAGUUUCGAAUUCAUUGCUCUAUCAGAUCCUAACAUUUCUACGCAUUGUAUUAAAACAGAAAGUCAAGAUCCGUUUUCAACUUUUAAUUUAAAGUCAACACAAUUAUCCGAUAAUAUUCCUCACUCUCCUGCUUCAUUUGAUAGCGAAAGCAUUAUAGAAUAUGAUGGAGUUUCAUCUAUUGUUAGUAGUCCAGAUUACAGUAAUGACAGCCAUAAUGAUUCGGUUAUCAAGAAGUUUCAUGAGAAUGAAGAGCAUGUGGAAACAGAAUGUACCUUUAAGGAACUGCAAGUUCUAUUAGAUCUACUAGGAUCUGAAACUACAAAUUCUAGAAAUAUUGAAAGUUCCAUGGAUGUUGUUAAAAAUAGCACAGUAAGAGAUGCAACUGUCAGAAGUCUGCCAUUUGAUGCUACUGAUGAUUAUCCGAAACCCCAAAAACUACCCAGACUAGCAGCUGAAAUUGUUCAGCAUUCUAAUGUUGAAAAUCUAGAGCCUGUAGAAGUGAAUCAGGAGGAUAAAGAGGAAGAAAAUUUAUCACAAAAUGAAUCUAUAGAGAUGAAAUUUACAAGUAUACAAUUUGUCAUCGUGCCUUCUUCUCAGCAACAAGAUAAGCUACCAAAUGAAGAAAAUAAUUGUGAAAAAGAGAAGGACAUAACAGAAAAUGAUUUCAGAGAAUCAAAAAUUGCAAGCACAAAAUCAGUCACUGCUAAUCUAUCUUGCCAACAACAAGAACCACCAAAAUUGACAUCUGAAACUGAUCAAAAUUUUAAAAGUUUUGAUUCUGCGAAGGUAGAAGAAAAAGAUAAACACCUUGAAGAUCUGCCAAUUAAGUCUAUCGAUGAGAAUAAGCAAUUUGAGGCUGAUGAUGGCGAAACAGGAGAGAAUUCUAAAAGCCCACUCGUUACGCUUGAAAAGCCAAUUGUUGCAACUACAAUUGGACAACAGCAACCACAAAAUAUUGAAACGACUGAAGAUGAGGAAGAUUCUGAUCUAGAGAACUUUGAACCGGCUGAUGAAAAUGAGCUGAUCGAGGCUGAUGAUGACGAAACCGGAGAGAAUUCUACAAGCCCACUUGUUACGCUUGAACAACCAGUUCUUGCAAAUACAAAUGAACAACAGCAACCACAAAAUAUCGAAACGGCUGAAGAUGAGGAAGAUUCUGAUCUAGAGAACUUUGAACCGGCUGAUAAAAAUGAGCUGAUCGAGGCUGAUGAUGACGAAACCGGAGAGAAUUCUACAAGCCCACUUGUUACGCUUGAACAACCAGUUCUUGCAAAUACAAAUGAACAACAGCAACCACAAAAUAUCGAAACGGCUGAAGAUGAGGAAGAUUCUGAUCUAGAGAACUUUGAACCGGCCGAUGAAAAGGAGCUGAUCGAGGCUGUUGAUGACGAAACAGGAGAGAAUUCUACAAGUCCACUUGUUACGCUUGAAAAGCCAAUUUUUGCAAUUACAAUUGGACAACAGCAACCACAAAAUAUCGAAACGGCUGAAGAUGAGGAAGAUUCUGAUCUAGAGAACUUUGAACCGGCUGAUAAAAAUCAGUUGAUCGAGGCUGAUGAUGAAGAAACAGGAGAGAAUUCUACAUGUCCACUUGUUACGCUUGAAAAGCCAAUUUUUGCAACUUCAAAUGGACAACAGCAACCACAAAAUAUCGAAACGGCUGAAGACGAGGAAGAUUCUGAUCUAGAAAACUUUGAACCGGCCGAUGAAAAUCAGUUGAUCGAGGCUGAUGGCAACGAAACAGGAGAGAAUUCUACAAGCCCACUUGUUACGCUUGAAAAGCCAAUUUUUGCAACUUCAAAUGGACAACAGCAACCACAAAAUAUCGAAACGGAUGAAGAUGAGGAAAAGUCUGAUCUAGAAAACUUUGAACCGGCCGAUGAGAAUGAGAUUGACGAAAUUGACGAUGAAAUAUCAGAAGAUGAUUUCAAGAAUUUGCAAUACUAA